AUGACCCCAUCGGCUCUUCCUCUCAAAGCACCAGAACCUGAACAUUGCCCUGGGCCAGAAUCGGAAAAUGCUGGCCAAGGCGAUGCUUGUGCUGGAUGUCCCAAUCAAUCCAUAUGUGAAUCUCUACCCAAGGGCCCUGACCCCGACAUGCCAAUCAUAACGGCAAAAAUGCAAAAUAUCGACCACAAGAUUCUUGUUUUAUCCGGGAAAGGUGGUGUGGGCAAAUCAACGUUUACGUCUAUGCUUUCAUGGGCCUUAGCUGCGGAUCCAGACUUGGAAGUGGGUGCUAUGGACUUGGAUAUAUGUGGGCCUUCUCUACCUAGAAUGUUGGGAGCUGAAGGCGAGAGCAUACACCAGUCUAACUCGGGAUGGUCCCCUGUUUAUGUCUCUGACAAUCUUGGAUUGAUGUCUAUCUCAUUCAUGCUUCCAGAUCCAGAUGCAGCUAUUAUUUGGAGAGGAGCCAAGAAAAACGGCCUUAUCAAGCAGUUCAUGAAGGAUGUGAACUGGGGUGAACAUUUGGAUUAUUUAAUUGUGGAUACACCUCCAGGAACAUCAGACGAGCACCUUUCUGUCACCACGUAUAUGAAAGAUGCGGGUAUUGAUGGUGCCCUUAUAGUCACCACGCCACAAGAAGUUGCCCUUUUGGAUGUGCGGAAGGAGAUUGACUUUUGCCGAAAGGCUAAUAUCAAAGUGUUGGGCUUGGUCGAGAACAUGUCGGGAUUUGUGUGCCCAAACUGUAAAGGUGAAUCUCAAAUUUUCAAGCCUACCACGGGAGGUGGAGAACAGCUCUGUAAAGACAUGAACAUUCCGUUUCUCGGAUCUGUUCCCCUCGAUCCACGAAUUGGCCGAAGCUGCGAUAGCGGCGAAUGCUUCUUCGACGAAUAUGCAGAUUCCCCUGCCUCAGAGGCGAUCUUAGCUGUCGUAGACGCAUUGAGAGACCUGGUGGAGAUUCCCAUAGAUAAGUUAGCAAUCAAGUAG